AUGAAUUUAUUGUAUGAAUUCAGUCCCUCUAUGGUUGGAGAUAGCCGACGUUUGGCAUUACGUAUUCAUGUUCCAGACGCGGAAGUAACCAAAGCAUUGGUGUUUGAUGCUCUUAUGACCGUUGGUCAAGCUUGCGAUCAAAUACGCCAUCAAAUUCGUGAAAUUGAUGGAUUAGAAAAUUCGAAAGAUUAUGGAUUAUUUUUGCCUCACGAGGACAAUAAGAAAGGACUUUGGCUGGAUAAUUCUCGAAGUUUAGAACAUUAUAUCCUUCGAAAUGGAGACACCCUCGAAUAUAAGUACCGAUUUCGCUGGCUGUACAUUCGAACAAUGGAUGGAACUAGGAAGACCCUUCGAGUGGAUGAUAGCAAAACUCUGGCCGAGCUCAUGCUUCCAAUUUGCACGAAAAUGGGCAUUUACAACUACGAGGAAUACCUCUUGGUUCGCGACACCGAGGAAGCUGAGAAGGAACGAACUAUGACCUUGAAACGAGCUCAUCAAUCAGGUGGCCUUGUGGGGACCCUUAGGGAUGCGGAUAAAAUGGAGAAACUUCGAAAGGAGCUUCACACAGAUGAUGAGGUAAUAUGGCUCAACCCCGCCCAAAGCCUUCGGCAACAAGGAAUUGACGAAAAGGAAAUCCUUCUUCUGCGUCGUCGCUAUUUCUUUUCGGAUAUGAAUGUUGACGCAAGGGAUCCUGUCCAGUUAAACCUUCUUUACGUUCAGAGUGUUCUACUUAGCUAG